UGUGUCAUAAUCCAGUUGUACUAUUUAAGUCAGGUGGGCUGUAGUAAAGAUUUAGAAUUACACCUGUAUACGCAAUAGAACGGUUGGAUAAAGUUUAACUCUUACAGACCCGGCGGCUUAUAAACGGGUAUACUACCCUUGAUAUCAGAGACAGCAGGAGAGGAUCAUUCACUUCAAUCUACUUCUUUCUAGUAUUAACUAAGUUGUCAACUAAGAGGUCAUUUAUGACAAUGGUCAAGACUUCUGGACAAGCGAUGGAGGAACAGGACCAUUACUACGCUUCUAUCGACUUUUCAAACGCAUGUCGUGAAUUUUACAUGGACAGACAGCGAGUGACAAAAAGUUUCAAGGAAGAAAUGGGGAAACAAAAGACAGAGGAAAAAAAGGACAAGCCAAAGUGUUUUAUGGAUUCAGCAAUGGAUAAAUUAAGACGAGAGAUGGCUGGACUUAUGGACCAGGAUUUGUCUCUGAUGAAACAGCUAUUGACUCUUAACGAAACAAUAGAGGAAAUCAAAUUCAAACGACGUCAUGGGGGUGCCAAGGACCUAGGUGCCAGCUCGUGUGAAAUCAGCGAUAUUUCAACCACACACGUGUCCUCUUCAAUAUCACUACCAGGCAUCGUUAUCUCAAAGUGUGAUUCGAACACUACCACAGACUUUUCCGCGCCCCAGCCUCAGCACCCAGUUAAUUCUAGUCUCUUACACGCCAACUGGAAAUCAUGUGACUUGAGUGCCCAGUAUGGUCAAGUUUUCGCGAGUGACUCCGGAUAUGACGAAACCUAUUCCACGGAAGAGUCUGGUUCGGAUGAGGAAACAACAGUUUGAUAGCCUUAGCAAAGCACAUCGUAUCAUUUCAUGUCAUAUGGGAAAUUGAUAUAUCAUAUUAUAUCUUUCUCAAACCAGCAUCACCUCUGCAAUAAUGCUAUGAACUAUAGCUACGAACUGCCAAAACCGCUACAGGAUUCGUCGGAUGUAUUCGUGUGGAUAUAUCGGUUUGUGAGUGUUAUCGAAUAUGGGAAAAAACAGUUAGAAUGACCAUCGACCAGCAGUGGGGUAUCUGGACAAACCUGCACUGACCAGCGGUAAUUAGUGACCGGAGACGUGUCAGACGAAAGCUUGACCAUCAGACGCUAAUGUCGACGACACUGAGCGAAUUACGCCGUCAUUGAAUGAAAGUACAGAAAACUGACGAGAACCGAAACCAGUCUAAGCUGAUGGAAACCACGUGAAAACGGGAUUUAGGCCAGCACGAGAAGCAGAGUAGACAUUAGUACGGGAAUGAAGUGACCAAUCACUACACAUCUGCCGGUUACAGUCGUUCCCUGAUUGGACGAAUACACUUUUGCCACUGGAACAAAAUUGUGUCAUCAAUUCGACUGGAGAUACCAGUUUUAUUACGCCGUAGAAAUCCAACUGCAAUGACACUGACACUUCAAAACUUGAAUGCAACAAAUGAAUGAACAAGAACUGUGACUUUUACCGUGAAGCCGGAUAAUUUAGAAAGUUUACGUGAUCAAAUACUCGUAGCAAUCCUGCCAAAAUAAUUCAUUUGAAGUGCGCAGUACAUUUUCAUUUUGUUUAAAUAGUAUGUUAUUAUAUACAAUGUUAUACAAUCUAGUCUGUUUUAUAAAGUAUUAAAUUUUAAUACAUAAUUCGAA